AAUUUGGAGUUGCCAAAUGGCAGAAAUGAAAAUCAGAUUCUUCUAGGUUUAGGGCUUUGCUCCUUUUCCCCUCUUUUCCCCCUUUGUAUCAAAGUCACUCCUUUUCAUAUCAGAAAUUCGAUUCGAACAUACUUUUGGAUUAUGGCGAUAAAGCUUUGAUUUUUUUUCUUUCCGUCUGUAAUUACUGAUUAGUUGAACGGAAAAUCCAUGAUCGGCAGCAUCAAAUGGACCCUUUCCCGGCGCAAACCACUCCUUCCGUUGAAGAAGAUGAUGAAUGGGAUACCGAUGGAUAUGUAAUUCCAAGCUUAGAAAUCGAAGAAGGCACAAACCAAAACGAAACUUACCCUUCGAAAGUAGAAGACUCCAAACUUUCCGAAGUUCAGGCCGUUAAAGAGGAGAGCAUAUACCUCGGGCCCCACGGAGCUCCUCCGUCUCAAGCGAAACAGCAAGAGCAGAACUUUAAUACCCGAAAGCAGAAGUUUAAGCAGCAACUUAAAGAAGCUGAUAGAAAACACAGCGGUUCUGGUCGAGAGAAUAAAGUCGAUAAUUUAAGGGAACUUGUCGGUGGUGGAAAAAUGGCCUCGAUUGCACCCAACAGUUCUUCUAGAGAAUGGCUCGACCCACAUUGUCACGAGUCUCAAUUCGAGAAAAGGCGUCUACAUUAGAAUUUUUUAGAGUUUUUUGUUUUUUUUUUCGGAAUUUGGUGACGUAAGUUUUGGACUACAUUUUAUUAUUAUUAUUUUCUUGCUUCUUGGAUCCGUAACUGCUUCAAUAAGGUCUUGAAAUUGUACUGGUUAAAAGGUUUUAUGUAUUUUGGGGAUAAUUUGAAUGCAAAUUUUGAAUUUAGAAA